AUGUCGGCAACCCACAUGGGAAGGGGUGACAUGUUCCAUAAUGCAGGUACACAAAACAUCUGCAAGGAUAGUGGCACUCAGAUUAUUCAAACUGGUGAGUCUACACAGAACCUGAUAAGACGUCAACGACUUAUGAACUCGGUAGGUCCGGACGAGGAUGCAACCCGGGACCGCCGAUGCGGCGAGUACUUAGAACAAAACGGCUACGAUCCAGCGGACCAGAAAGCCAAUGCUGAAAGACAAGGAGGCCAGCUGUUUGAGGGUGCUUGCCAGUGGAUCUACGACAACGCCGAGUUUCAACAAUGGGUUAAUGGCACAGAUCCCCCUAGCCUAUGGCUCCAUGGGGGACCAGGCAAAGGCAAAAGCAUGCUUCUGUGCAGUGUCAUCAACCAUCUGUUAAAGUGGGCUGAAGGAACCCUAGAUGAUUUUCAUCCAAGUCGUCUCGUGACAUAUUCCUUCUUCAGUGAUCCGGACGGCGUUUACGAAGCAUCGUUUGUGUUGGCUAGCCUUUUAUACGGACUUGUCAAACAGCAACCCUCAUACCUCCGUCGUGUCUCGAAGGUUUACGACCACGAAAACAAAUACCCAUUCCAAGGAAGACGAUCGUUUACCGCCCUGGAAAGCAUCCUGGAAGACAUGCUGCGCGACGCAACAGGAACCAGGGUCGUCUUGGUGGUGGAUGCACUCGACGAAUGCAAGACCGAUCUCGACAGGCUCCUGGAUCUGAUCCUCAGGACAUCAUCUAUACAAAAUGUCAGAUGGCUAGUAUCCAGUCGAGGCCUUCGAACCAUUUACCAGGAGUUUGAUCCAGCUAAAUCAAAGAUACGGAAGUUGAACCUUGAUCAGACUGGAGGAGACACCCAGCAGGCUGUCAAAGCCUACAUACACCACCAAAUGGGACGCCUUCACAGUCUCAGGAUAAGUGAAGAGAAGAGAGAGGACCUUCGGAAUCGACUAUUGCGUAAAGCAGACGGUACAUUCCUGUGGCUGUCUAUCGUCAUGGCCGAGCUUGAGAACGUAGCCAGUUGGGACAUCGAUGAUGUUGUUGAUGGGUUGCCAGAUGAUCUCGAGAGUCUCUACGUGAAGCUACUGCAGAAUCUGCUAGAAGAUCUUGGGCAGAAGAAAAACAAGAACCUGGUCAAAGACGUUCUCUAUAGAACACUCGCUACGACAGCAGCCGCUCUGCGGCCACUCUAUAUCGAAGAACUGAAGGAAUUGGCCGAUUUUCCUGCAAAGAUUUGCGACAACAGCCAAGUAGAAGAGGUCAUCGACAAAUGCGGCGCCUUUCUCACUUGCCAAAACAAUCAACUCUUCCUGAUUCAUCUUUCCGCCAAGGAGUUCUUGACACCUGAAAAGUUGCAGUCGGCGUUUCAGUCUAACCCUCUCGAUAUUCACUCCCAUUUGUUUUCCCGCUCGAUGUCCGCCAUGAAGAAAAACCUGAAACGCGAUAUCUACAACCUGGAGAAGCCAGGAAUUGGUAUUCAUGACAUUGGCCUUGCCCCAUCUCCAGAUCCACUGUCUGGCGUCAAGUAUUCCUGCAUUCACUGGAUUGAUCAUCUUGAACAAGUUCAGUUUCAAAGUCGAUCGAACUACCAGGCUGUGAGACUCUUCAUCGAGAAAUCGCUUUUGACCUGGCUCGAGGCAAUGAGCUUGCAGAGAAAGAUGGGAGAAGCGUUCUUCGCAGUUUACAAGCUACGCAGCCUAAUGGUAAGUUUUGAAAACUCCCAUUUUUACCUGACCUCGUUUCAUGCCUCGAACGAGGUGGUUAGAUAUGCCUCAGACUUGCAGCCUAGCCUUUGA